CACCACCUGGGCACACUCCACACCUCUGUCCCGAGCGUCUCCCCCCUUUCUCCUUUUACCACCGAAAUUUCAUCACCUGGGAAAAGAGUCUCCUCCUUUUCCCAGUGCUCUGCGGCACAAAUCUACAUCUACCGCCGAUUGCCUCUGCUCUGGUGUUCUUGCGCGGUACCCCUACCCACUCCUGUAUUCAUUCCUACUACCAACCCUCCGACCACCCGGAAGGUAUACGCGCACACAGUCAGCCAGAGCUUCCGCGCGGACCGCUCUCGUCCUCCAUCAGAUUCAUCCGCAUAUUCUUGGUCUUCGUGGGCUCGUCCAACCGCCUCCAUACCCCGCCGCUACCUAUCCCCCGAUCUAUAUCCAAUACCGCCAAACUGUCACCCAUACUUCUCAACCGUACUUCCCGCCUUAGCUUUGCUGGCGACCCUCGACCCCACAAGUUGAGCGUGUCAGCCGCCAACAUGCCUCUGGACGCGCGGGAGGCCCGUAGGAGGCGGUCGAGUAGCUUGGUGUACAAAGAGCCCCCGGAAUCCCUAGAGCAGUUAAGCGACCAGGCUGCUCUUCCAAAUCUGAAUGCGGAUUGGGUGAAUGCAAAGGGUGCCUGGACGAUCCACAUUGUUCUCAUCAUGAUGGCCAAGGUCCUUUUCGACAUCAUUCCCGGAGUCUCUCAAGAGACGUCAUGGACGCUGACCAACUUGUCGUACAUGGUUGGCUCGUACAUCAUGUUCCACUAUGUUCGUGGCGUGCCGUUUGACUUCAAUAGCGGCGCCUACGACAACCUCAACAUGUGGGAGCAGAUCGACAACGGAGAUCAGUACACGCCCACCAAGAAGUUCCUACUCAUGGUGCCCAUCGCGCUCUUCCUGGUCAGCACCCAUUAUACCCAUUACGACUUGACGUAUUUCCUAAUCAACACCAUCGCAACGAUCGCGGUUAUCAUUCCCAAGUUGCCUGCUUUCCAUAGAAUACGUAUAGCGCUGUUCUCGGGUCCGCCUGACGAUCUAUGAGUAGCCCGACUGUUAUCCACAUACAUUGCUCGCUGCAUCGAAACGGGACGUGUUCUUCUUCCCUUGUAUUAUCAUUGGUAUCGCGUUGCACAACUAAAUUGGACUGCAUACGAGCAAUGGAAGGCGUUGAGGUCAAGAAGUAUCCGGCAGCGGGGCAGUUUUAUUUCUACCGAAUCGGUAAUUCGAAUAUUGUUUUGCAAUGUCAUUGUACUGGCUCUGUUCGGAAAUUCAUAAGUGCCUUUCC